AUGGGCGAACCAAACGGCUCCAACACUCCGAUGGCAGAACUUUCCAAUUCCAAUGUUACAAACCCACAAGUUCGACCUGGAGGGGCCCCGGCCCGGGAAUAUAUGAACGAGAAGAUUGUACCAUACCUGCUGGAAGGGAUGAAGGCUGUUACAAAAGACCAACCCUCAAAUCCAUUGCGCGUACUUGGGGAGUUCUUGAUCCAGAAGAGCAAUGAGGUGGAAGGUAAUGUCAAGAAAGAAUAUUAG